UCUCCAAUAGCCAAAACCUUCAAACACUAAUUAUGCACCACGCAUACUCGCCGGAGCUCCAGUCCCGGCAGAAACCGUCGAAACCCCUCAAUUUCCUCUUCGCCCACCCUUAUCUAUGGAUCUCACUCGCCUCCAUCUCGAUCCCUCUCUUCAUCAUCUCCGCCGUCCGCAUUGCGCCGCCCUGCCUCCCCCGCCGCCCCGCCGCCGACGAAUGCCCCUCCGGCACCGUCUACGUCUACGAUCUCCCCUUAAUGUUCAACCACCACCUCUUACUCCACAGCUGCACCGACCUCGACAACUGGAACUGGCAGUGCGGCAUCGCCGCCAACGCCGGCUUCGGCGGCCGCGCCGCCGAGCUCCGCCGCCUCCUGCCGGAGAAUCUCUACAAAUCCUGGUUCCGCACGAACCAAUUCGCCCUGGAGCUGAUCUUCCACAAACGGAUUCUGACGCACAAAUGCAGAACCCUGGAGGCGGAAUCCGCUACGGCGUUCUACAUCCCGUUCUACGGUGGACUCGCGGUGGGGAAGCACCUCUGGAAGAACGACACCGCCAAACGCGACCGCGAUUGCAAGAUGCUGCUGACGUGGCUCGAUCAGCACGAGCAUUGGAAGAAAUCCAACGGCUCUGAUCAUUUCAUUUCGCUAGCCCGAAUCACAUGGGAUUUCCGCCGCUUAGCCGACCCUGCCCAAAUCUGGGGCUCCACAUUCCUCAACAUGCCCGAGAUGCAGCGGGUCACCCGAUUCAUCAUCGAGAAGGCCGACUUCGACGAUCGCGACGUCGGCGUGCCUUACCCCACCGGAUUCCACCCCGAAUCCAGAGAAAUCCUCCAGAAUUGGCAACAAUUCGUGCGAAAACAGAAGCGCGGCAGCCUCUACACGUUCAUCGGCGCGGCGCGUGAGCCGAUCCGCCGCGAUUUCCGGGGGACUCUUCUAACCUACUGCUCGAACUCGCCGUCGUGCCGCGCGGUGGACUGCGCGGCGACGAAAUGCUCGGCGGACUCGUCGGUGAUAAUGGAAUCUCUCCUGGCGUCGGAAUUCUGCCUGCAGCCGAAGGGGGAUAGCUUCACGAGGCGGUCGGUUUUCGACUGCAUGAUAGCCGGUUCGGUGCCGGUUAUCUUCUGGAACCAGACCGCUUACGAGCAGUAUCCGUGGUUCUUGCCGGGCGAACCGGAGAGCUACUCGGUUUAUAUAAACCAUGAGGAGGUGAUGAAUAAGACCUCUGUGAUUGAGCAUGUUUUGAAGGGGUUUAGCAAGGAGGAGAUUAGGAGGAAGAGGGAGAAAGUGAUUGAGACAAUUCCUAGGAUUAUAUAUGGGAUUCAGAGUGGUGGAUCAACAGAUUUUGAGGAUGCUUUUGAUAUUGCUAUUGAAGGGGUUUUGCAGAGGAUUAGGAAGGAGAGAGAAUUGUGAUUGGAAGGAGAUUAUUAGUAAUCUAUUAAUUGAUUGUUGUUGUUAAUUAUAUGUAUAUGCUCUCCUUUUCUAUGAGGUUUAGCAGUUGUCUGUCCAGUGUACUACUUGUUCAAAAUACAGCUUUUGGUUUAUUAGACAGUUGAUGAAGUCCCGAACCACAAGAAGGAAAAUACUCUGAUGAGAUUUUCGGAACGAGAUAACGUCACAAAAAGGAAAAUACUUGUGUUGCGUGGCUAUGAGGCGGUAUGUUUUUGACAUGUACAUGUUUUUGACAUGUACAACCAAACAUCACAUGUGUAUUUUAUAUAGUACUUUUGUUUCCAAAAUUUUUUCAUUCAGUUUGA